GCAAAGAAUCAACUUUUUUACGUUAAUUUGACAAAAGUUGGAUCCCUUCUAGCCACGAUUCUGUUUUUAUUUGAUCCAUUUUUUCCCCCUAGUCAUCCAAGUGACGUGCGUCAUGACGCCGCGUCUCUUUGUGUGGUUCAUCUAGCGGCGACAUUUGUUGUUAUUUUCGCUACAACUGAAAAAUACAAGACCGACCGUUUUUUUUUACCCAUUCUAUUACAAGCAGGCUGCCCAUUCCAAGCAUCCACGUCGGCUUGUGACAUCUCGAUAUCAACCUAGUAAUGGACUCAGACGAAGGCUAUAACUAUGACUUCGACGAGGACGAAUGCAGCGAAGACAGCGGCGCAGAGGAACCGGGGGACGACACCCUGGAGCUAGGCGAGGACGAGGUGGAACUGGUCGAUCCCGCCGAGGCUGGAGGGGAGCGGGACGAGGGUUUGGAGACCGGGGGAAGUGGUCAUGGGACCGGGCAAGAGGAAGAGGACUACCGCUUCGAAGUGCUGACUGCCGAGCAGAUACUCCAGCAUAUGGUGGAGUGUAUCAGGGAGGUCAACGAGGUCAUCCAGAAUCCUGCAACGAUCACCAGAAUCCUUCUGAGUCACUUCAACUGGGACAGAGAGAAGCUCAUGGAAAGGUAUUUCGAUGGUAAUGUGGAUAAGCUGUUCUCCGAGUGCCACGUCAUCAACCCCUGUAAGAAGUCGAGGACAAGACUGAUGAGCACAAGAUCCGCUGCUCAGGACCUGCCGUGUCAGAUCUGCUAUCUCAACUACCCCAACUCAGUCAGUCCCUUCAUAUAUUAUAAUUAUAUUACCUGCCGUGUCAGAUCUGCUAUCUAAACUACCCCAACUCAG